CGCGGAAGUGUGCGUCAUUCCUGGAGAGCGAGAAAGAAAGCAGUAACAAACACUGGCCCAUUCGUUGCUGAAAAAUUCGCAAUAAAACGCAAAUAUGCGUCAUUGAUAUUUUCCACGGUUAUCAAUCGUAAAAGCCAAUAAGGACAACGGUACGAAAUGGCGACUGGGGGUGGUGGUAUCGGCCCACCGUCCAAUCUUGAAGGACGAGCAUCAAAUUUCGCACAUUCUGGAGCGGGAAGAAAUGCUGGAGUGGCCUCGAAUAUGCCAGUCCCCGUGGUCGCAGCACCAAUCUCACCCCCAUCGGGUGGCCUUCACCGGGAGCCUAUGUACAACUGGCAGGCCACGAAGAGCUCAGUAAAAGAGCGCUUUGCGUUUCUCUUCAAUAACGAACUGCUCAGUGACGUUAGGUUUAUUGUCGGUAAAGGUAGACAGGCGCAGAGGAUACCAGCGCAUAAAUUCGUCCUAGCUGCUGGUAGUGCAGUAUUUGACGCCAUGUUCAACGGGGGAAUGGCCACCACCUCGGCCGAGAUAGAGUUACCUGAUGUGGAACCUGCAGCCUUCCUGGCCUUGCUAAGGUUCCUGUACUCUGACGAGGUCCACAUAGGACCAGAGACGGUGAUGACCACUCUGUACACGGCGAAGAAAUAUGCCGUUCCUGCUCUAGAGACUCAGUGUGUGGAGUUCCUUACCAAACACCUCAGGGCAGACAACGCAUUCAUGCUGCUCACUCAGGCCAGACUAUUCGAUGAGCCUCAGCUUGCCAGCCUCUGUUUGGAAACAAUAGACAAAAGCACCGGUGAUGCCAUAAACGCAGAAGGAUUCACUGACAUUGACCUAGAUACGCUGUGUGCAGUGCUGGAGAGAGACACCCUGGGGAUUCGCGAAAACCGUCUAUUUGGUGCGGUGGUGCGCUGGGCGGAUGCCGAGUGUUACAGGCAACAGCUUCCCCUCACCUCUGAGAACAAACAGAAGGUUCUGGGCAAGGCCCUAACCCUCAUCCGCUUCCCACUCAUGACUGUGGAGGAGUUUGCUACGGGGCCUGCCCAGUCUGGAAUAUUGUUCGAUCGGGAGGUGGUAAAUCUGUUUUUACACUUUACAGUAAACCCCAAGCCGCGGGUAGACUACAUUGACAGGCCCCGCUGCUGCCUCCGAGGAAAGGAGGGCAGCAUUAGUAGGUUCCAGCAGGUUGAAAGUCGCUGGGGAUACAGUGGCACCAGUGACAGGAUCAGAUUUAAUGUAAAUAGAAGAAUAUCAGUGGUGGGGUUGGGACUGUAUGGCUCGAUCCACGGACCUACGGACUAUCAGGUUAAUAUACAGAUUAUUGAGAGUGACAAAAGCCUAACGCUAGCAACUAACGACACGGGCUUCAGCUGUGACGGAACAGCCAACACGUUCAGAGUCAUGUUCAAGGAGCCUGUGGAGAUUUUACCCAACGUUAGCUACACCGCUUGUGCAACCUUAAAGGGCCCGGACUCUCACUACGGCACUAAAGGGUUAAAGAAAGUGAGCCAGGAGUCCGCCACGGGGACCAAGACCACCUUUUUCUUUUUCAGCUCUCCUGGGAACAACAACGGCACGUCAGUGGAGGACGGACAGAUCCCAGAGAUCAUCUACUACACCUAGACAACUCACCACACCUGGGUCCUGUAGAACCUGGGGCGGUCCACACCUGGGUCCUGUAGAACCUGGGGCGGUCCACACCUGGGUCCUGUAGAACCUGGGGCGGUCCACACCUGGGUCCUGUAGAACCUGGGGCUGUCCACACCUGGGUCCUGUAGAACCUGGGGCGGUCCACACCUGGGUCCUGUAGAACCUGGGGCGGUCCACACCUGGGUCCUGUAGAACCUGGGGCGGUCCACACCUGGGUCCUGUAGAACCUGGGGCGGUCCACACCUGGGUCCUGUAGAACCUGGGGCGGUCCUACCUGGACUCGUCCGUGAAACAUUUUUGCAUUUUGGUUUCCGUUGCAGCACUUAAAAAAAAAAAAUGUAUUCCGUUGCUUGCACUAUUAAACAUGACUCCCUAGUAACCACGACUGGGUUCAGUUCAGUAGGCAAACUUGGAAUGUUGCAGCUAGAAACGUCAUGAAUAGAGAUGACGUGAUGCCUCAUUGCGGCAUGUUUUUUCUAGAUAAUGUAUUUCUAUCGGAACGUUCUGCAAUGUUGUGCCAUGCUGAUCAAUGCCCUGGAUCAGCUAGACACCAUCUAACACACCUAAACCAGGUGGCCAUGUUCUGUAGGCAUAGAAUGGAGGAAAUGGAGUGCGACAGGGAGGUACUACCUGAACUUGUCCAAUAAGAAGCACUUAUUUUCUGUUACAAAAUGUUUUGCUAUGGUGUGCUCUAAUGAGCACUGCCUAUGAGGUUGGGUAUGCCUGAGAGUGGAAUGGAAUGGCAGACUUCAGGAAGGUUUGUAGCCUGGUCCCAGAUCUGUUUGUGCUCUGGCUGAGUCCAUUGCUGUCGUUGUCCAAGACGAUUCCAUAAGGAGUUGGCAAGAGGGCAGAAACAGACCGACACCCAGGUUAGAGGGAUUGUGCCUUCUGCUGUUCAGGAAUGGAUACAAAGACUUUCGGAAACCAAAAGGAGUGGAGUAGUGUAGGUCUAGUCUGCUGGUUUGUGAACUCGGAUGUGUGCGAGACCAGUGGAGGCUGGUGGGAGGAACUAUAGGAGGACUGGCUCAUUGUAAUGGCUGGAACGGAAUAAAGGGUAAGGAGUCAAUGUGAUUUCCAUAUGUUUGAUACCGUUAACUGUAUGCCAUUACAGUGAGCCUGUCCUCCUACAGCUCCUCCCACCAGCCUCCACUGUGUGAGACAUUUGAGGUAAUAGAACUGGAACUCUAAAUGGAUUGUUACAUGUAGAGAUGUAUAAUAGGACUGUGGACUGGCUGGAAUCCGGGUGAUGGUAGACAAUGACACAGUUGGAAAUGUUCUAUCUUCUACUGGCUUUUUGUGGUCCGUACCUUCAUCAGGGAAUCACCCACCACAGUGCUGUUGUCUGGAGUGUAUUCACUAGACACUGAAACGGGAAGGGACUACCUGAACUUGUCCACUAAGAAACUCGUUUUCAUUGCAAAACGUUUAGCUAUGGUGUGCACUUAUGAAUACACCCCAUGUAGUGUAAAAUCGCAGAGUGCCCUUCACCGUUCGAUCAAUGUCAUUUCGUAGUUUGAAUGCUGACGUGGAAAAAGUUCCACCAUUUUCGUGCAUAACCUUCAUUGAUUAUAUUUGCAGGUGGGAUUUUUCAUGUGCAAAUAAAAUCUUAACUAGUGACGUCUGAGUAUUUGUGCGUAUGUGAACGUUUGCCAAUGUAUGUUACAUGCUUUAAUUUGUUUCCUUAGCACGUUAUCUAAGAGUAAGACAGGAUAAUAUUGUGACUGUUAAUUGCUGAAACAAGUGGAAAUGUAUAUUUUUAUCUCUCUGCAAUAAAGUAUGUUGACACCAA